UAUGGAUUUUAAUAAUAAUUUUUUUUUAUAAUAUAUAUUUUUCAUACUAUCUUAUUUUGUAUUUUCAACUGCAAGAUAUCUUAAUCACAAGAUUUACGGAACAAACGCAACAGAGUGUUAAAAUUGUAUUGUCGAUUUACUUCCACAGGAAGGAGAUUUAAUAACACUGUUAACAAUAUAAGUGAGGCUAGGAGUAAAGUUGAAGAAGAAAGAGGCUUCUCCAAGCAGCGCAAAUAAUAGUUUGCAAGAAGCGCGGAUAUCCGGCGGAUGCUCGUAUGCGUAAAUGUUCUAUGGCUUGCGUUAGACGUUAGAAAUAAACUGCGUACUUUUUUAACAUUCGUACUUUGCAAAAAUAAAUUUUAUAACGCGUAAAAUAACAUUUUUGAAGAAUAUUUAUUUAAUAUAUUCUCUUAUUGAGUGAUAGAAAAAUAGAUUAAAAUUUAAGAAAACUUUUUAUUUUUAUUUUUAAAUUAUGAGCUAACCUAAAAAUAGUCAUUGAUCUUCGGCAAGUUUAAGCAUUGUUUAUAUUAUUCCAUCUAAUCUAUAAAUAAUACAUAUCUAAUAAAAAGUACAACGAAUCAGAAAAAAGAAGAAAUCUUGUAAGAUAAUUUAUAUCAAAAUUAUCAUCACGUGACAGGUUAAUUCAAUUUCGCCAUUUAAUAGGUUAACCAUGUAACCUUACUACAAAGUCUAGCAUCGGUAAAAUAACGAACGGUUGAACCCAGCUGUGAAUCCUUAUGAAAUAGCUGACAGGUUUUGUCGUGGAUGUUUUAAUAUCAUCCGCGUAAUGAAAACAAGUAAAAACAGGAUCCGAGUGACACCGGCGUCUAAAGUGCAGCUGCAAGUGGAUGAGCGUGCAGUGAAUUCCGAGUGCGUCUAAUUAAAAGUCAUCUGCAUAUUUAUGGAAGGGGAGGCGGGGAGAAAGGGCUGGCAGGAUUAACAGUUGAAGGCAGAGAAGGAAGAGGAGGAGGAAGAUGGUGACGUUGCUGUUGGUAUAUUAAAAAUAAAGGGCGUAACAAAGAAGCGGAAGAAACGUCUCUGGUUAAAGUGGCCGUGUUUACUACUUUUUAUAUCUCAUUAUGAGUCGGUGUUCUUCCUACAUGGAAUUUUUACCCCGCAUAACUUGCAAACGACCAAAGUGAUUACGCGUACCUGGUAAGUUGGUAACGUGAUGACGUUUUUUUCAGAAGAUGGAUGAAUAAGAAGGGAUGCGGAUAUAUUCUUUCGGUAGAAAGCCAUGAUAGAAUUGCUAAAUUGAAAGCAUUUGCAUAACAAGAUACACGUAAACGUUCCGAGGAUGACGUUAAUAUUUCAACGCCUUUUACGUGAUAAUAGUGGCGCUUACACUUGUCCGUUUGAUUAUUUGUCAUUGUCGAGGAUACUAUUCUAUGUAAAUUGUGUAGUUUGCUCUUUAUUCGUAGAAUCGAAAAGAAUUCCAUUAAAGAAUGCCGGCAGCGAUAAUUGCACGGUUCGUGACCAAGAAGUAUAUUUUCACAGACGACUGUACCGGAGUUUUGCGGAGAAAGAGAUUUCCGGGCUCCUUUCAAUGAACGGCCAACAUUCUCAUGAGGCCGGUAUGAUAUACAGGUGGCAAAGGACGACAACCACCUUGAUGAUUAAUUCGCAUCACGUGUAUACAAGCGCAUAAUUGCAUGCCCUUUGCACCAUGGUUGAAUACGAAACAGAAAGAAACAUUGUUUGCGAACUGUCAUCGAUAUUAAUUACAAAAUCAACGUCUUUCAACAGGAAGAAAAGCCGAGAAUACUUAUGAUCGCAUUUAACUUUAAGGAUUCGAAAAAACAACUAAGUAAAAUAUUU